GUUUAGCAGGAUAAUGGACGUGUACGGAUGGAGAUAUAUCCGGUUAAAGAUAAAUGAGCAAAUAUCCGUUCCUGAGAAACACUCUCACUUUCACUCGCCGUGACGCUGUGUCAGUACGAGUUUAUUUCUUGCCGGGUCGUGUCACUCUCCCUCUCAGUCCCUUUCCCACAGCCUGGGAGAGAGGAGAGUAACCAAGCCGUCUCAAAAAUUCACGCGAUUAAUACACACAAAGGAAAAACCUCACUGACGUGAAAAUUAUGAGCCAGAUGUUAAUGGAUCAGGUUAGCAGUUACCCCGAGGGAGCUACAGAUUAAACUAGCUGGAUUUAUGGACUGUUUUGAGAGCUCGAAGUGUGUGCGCAUUACUUAAAGCAAUUACUGAUUCCAGCGUAAUUAAGGCUUCCUAUUGUUCUAGAGCAUUCACCUGUAUUUAUUGACAAUUUCUGCUAUCUCAAAGCCUUAAAAAGAAGACUGAAAUAACGUGAAAUCACUGAAAGAAUUGAGGAAAUUUGUCACAGUGCUGCAAGAGUGGAGGCACUCGAGGACCAGAGCCGCGACCAUGUCGAACAGCGACGAGACGACGCCCCUCCCAGCCAACCACACUACUCACACACCAGGGUCUCCACGCACUCUAAAUCAAUUCUUCGCCUCGGGGCUCACCAGCGUAUUACAUAACGUCGACCUGGCCACGGUGGGAAAGGUCCUGCUGCUAACGGCGCUGGUGCUGCUCAUCUACGACCUGCUGGUCUACCUGCUGGCGUCCACCUCGAGCAGGAAGCGGCUGCUGAUGACACCGUGGCUGACCCAGAUCUUGUCGCGUUCCUGGGACGACCUUAGCGACAGAUGGUCCUUCGCCAGGACUGAUGAUGCUGUUGGACCCUUACUCAAGUCGCUGGCACAAACCGCAGCUAAAUAUGAAGGGAGAUGGGAGAAAAGCAGACUUCUGUAGGACAAACCCUCCUUCAAGGGAGGGCACUGAGACCCCCCCCAGGGGGGGGCCAUUACCUUAAGAAAGAGCGCAGAACAUUAUCUUUAACACAGGACAACCAUCAUUAUCAUUUUGGUCUUUAUCCACGAGAGCCACAGAAAUCAGAAAGCUUAAGGAACUCAUUGAUAACGUUGAGAACAACAAUAUAUGUUGUAAGACGGCCUCUCUGGUCCACAGAGGGACUUAUAAUGCUGCAAAAGACCGCCUGCAUUCCGUACUGUCCUAAGGAGCAUUUUGAACUCCUGGGGCCAGAUUCAUGAAAGCACUUACGCAAGUACUUACGAAUCUGUGCAUCUUUUCUCAAUCUUUGGCGGAUUUGUUUCCAAUUAUUAAACAGUUAA